GCUUCACAUACUUGUCAGAUCAGCAAAGCUCCAGAAUGAAGGGGGUAAACUUUAAAGGAGACACAGUUUAGUGGUGUGAUGGCAGACAGCUCACACACCACAUGCUGAGGCAGCCUUGAUGACCAGGGCAGCAGUUAAGGACGUUACCUAGGAGGAUGGCCAACUCUAGUGGACUGCAGCAGGGGAUCUGAAACAAUGACUUCUGUGAGAGGAGAGAGCGAAUCUAAGUGGCUGCUACAAAGGACUUGGCAGUACAAAGGAUUCAGUAGCUGUGAAGAGGAAGUUAUUCUUUUCCACGGAUGUGCACCACCAGAACUAGAGCUGAGUUAGAGGCAGUGGAAAUGUUGCAACAUCCCAGUGCUAUAUAAAUAAGAUGUGCACAUGAUAAGAUGAAAUGUCUUUAACUGUUGUCUCUUAGUGCGUUGAUAUUUUACUCUUUUUCUUUUCUUUUUUUUUCCAAUUGACUGUCUAACAGGUAAUGCUCUCUGUGCACCUGUGCCAAACCAGCACAGUUGUUACUUCUGUGGUUUUAAUUACCGUUUACGUCCAAUGUGAUCAUGAGCAGUAAGCGCAGUUUGUUUUUGUUUUUUGUUUUUUUUUUUCCAUCAUCAACCUCCAUCAUCCUCCUGUUGCCCCGGGGUUUUUGUAUAAAACCUGUUUCUCUCUCUGCAGCAUCUUCACGCAGCGUCUCAACCCUCCCGAGCCGCGCUGAGUGACGCGUUUUCAGGCCAAUCGCGUCACGACUCUGGUCGUCGACGACGCUGAAAGAGAGGGGCGGUGUCCAAUGACGAGGGUCGGAGGGGUGUUGGUGGAGCAGAAGGAGGAGGAGGAGGAGGAGGAGGACAUCGGCGCACUUCACCGCUCCUCCUGUGGGUUCACGGAGAGAGAGAGAGUUAGUGCCAGAUAUUCAGCUCCGGGAGUGAGAGCGCAAGGAUAAACGGCACACACGCUGGGAAGUAGAGACACCGUGCGCGAUGCUGUUAGUCUGAACACUUUUUCAUUUUUUCUUCAAAUUUGUGCCAGUACCGGCGGACUGGGAUCGGAUCUGAGAGAGUACACCUUUUUUUCUUUUUCUUUUUUUUUUUGGAAAUCCAUCCUGAUGGUUCUUUUAACCUUGGUUCUGCGGCAGCUGACGGAGCUCAGUGAACUUGAAACAUGAUGAGACUCGGGAGUCUUUCUCUGUCUUCACCCCACCGGAGCUUUCACCUUAACAGGUUUCUCUGUGAAGGAUUUCUCUCAUCACAUUUCAGAAGUCACUGUCUCUAACAACAGCUGCAUAGAAAGAAGGAAGCACGCCGGGAGCCCAGUCAAAGUACCAUGGAUCUAAAAGACUAUUACCUGUUGGGCUUGCUGCUUGCCUGCAUAUGGUUAGAUCCCUCCAUAGCUCAGGAGCUGAUCUACCCCAUUAGAGAGGAACUGCAGGAGAAUGUCCUCAUUGGAAACAUACCAAAGGACCUUAACAUUUCCCACAUGAACGCCGCCACUGGAACGAGUGCUAAUCUUGUGUACCGGCUCGUCUCCAAGGCAGGAGAUAACCCUCUGGUCCGCGUCCUGAGCAGCACCGGUGAAAUAUUCACUACAUCCAACCGCAUCGACAGAGAGAAGUUGUGCCCCGGCCCCUCGUUUGAGGACAGCGAGUGCUCCUUUGAAAUAGAAGUGGUCAUUCUGCCUAAUGAUUACUUCAGGCUGAUUAAGAUCAAGAUCAUCGUCAGAGACACAAACGAUAAUGCGCCCAUGUUCCCCUCCCCCGUGAUCAACAUCUCCAUCCCUGAGAACACACUUAUUAACAGUCGCUUUGCCAUUCCCUCUGCCACCGAUCCAGACACUGGACCCAACAGUGUCCACAAAUAUGAGCUGAUCAACGGGCAGAGCGCCUUUGGAUUAGACAUAGUGGAAACGCCUGAGGGGGAGAAAUGGCCCCAGCUCAUUGUGCAGCAGAACCUGGACAGAGAGCAGAAGGACACGUAUGUGAUGAAGAUCAAAGUGGAGGACGGUGGCAAUCCACAGAAAUCCAGCACUGCCAUUUUACAAGUUACAGUCACAGAUGUGAAUGACAACAGGCCGGUGUUUAAGGAGAACCAGAUGGAAGUGCACAUACCGGAGAACUCUGCUAUCGGAACGUCUGUGGUGCAGCUCGUGGCCACAGACGCAGACAUAGGAGCCAAUGCAGAGAUACGUUACAUGUUUGGGACACAGGUGUCUCCUGCGACCAAAAGACUCUUUGCGUUGAACUCCACAUCUGGUCUCAUUACAGUGCAGAGGCCGUUGGAUAGAGAAGAAACGGCCAUUCACAAGCUCUCUGUUUUGGCCAGUGACGGCAGUUCCAGUCCUGCCAGAGCCACUGUUACUAUCAAUGUAACUGAUGUUAAUGACAACCCACCGAACAUAGACCUGAGAUACAUAAUCAGUCCCAUCAAUGGGACUGUUUUCCUCUCGGAGAAGGAUCCGAUCAACACUAAGAUAGCCCUCAUCACGGUGUCAGACAAAGACACUGACAUAAACGGCAAGGUCAUCUGUUUCAUAGAAAAGGACGUGCCCUUCCAUCUCAAAGCUGUGUAUGAUAACCAAUAUCUGUUAGAAACAUCUGCACUUCUCGACUAUGAAGGGACCAAAGAGUACAAUUUUAAAAUUGUAGCCUCAGACUCUGGAAAACCAAGCUUGAAUCAGACUGCUCUGGUGCGAGUGAGGCUGGAGGAUGAGAAUGACAACCCACCUAUUUUUACUCAACCAGUUAUUGAGCUGGCUGUGAUGGAAAACAAUAAACGAGAUCUCUUCCUCACCACUCUCACCGCCACGGAUGAAGACAGCGGGAAGAAUGCAGAGAUAGUUUAUCAGCUAGGACCCAAUGCAUCUUUCUUUGACCUGGACCGCAAAACAGGGGUCCUGACAGCAUCCAGGGUUUUUGACCGGGAGGAUCAGGACAGGUUCCUCUUCACAGUAACAGCCAGAGAUAAUGGGACCCCUCCACUGCAAACUCAGGCAGCUGUGAUUGUGACCGUGCUGGAUGAGAAUGACAACAAUCCUAAGUUCACGCACAACCACUUUCAGUUUUUUGUCUCCGAGAACCUUCCCAAAUACAGCACAGUGGGGGUCAUAACUGUCACGGAUUCAGAUGCGGGUGAAAAUGCUGCAGUUUCUCUCUCCAUAUUGAAUGACAACGAGAACUUCAUCCUGGAUCCUUACUCCGGUGUAAUCAAAUCUAAUGUGUCAUUCGAUAGAGAGCAACAGAGCUCUUACACUUUCGACGUGAGGGCUGUAGACAGCGGCAGACCUCCCUGCUCCUCAGCUGCCAAGGUGACCAUCAAUGUCAUCGAUGUGAAUGACAACACCCCCGUCGUCAUCUAUCCUCCCUCCAACACUUCUUUCAAGCUCGUUCCCCUCUCCUCAAUCCCAGGAUCUGUGGUAGCAGAGGUGUUCGCUGUGGAUGGAGAUACAGGCAUGAACGCUGAGCUCAAAUACACAAUCGUGAGUGGAAACAACAAGGGUCUCUUCAGAAUUGACCCAGUCACUGGUAACAUCACUCUGGAGGAAAAACCAGCAGUAACUGACAUAGGUUUGCACCGAUUAGUGGUCAAUAUCAGUGACCUGGGAUAUCCGAAAUCCCUCCAUACUCUUGUGCUGGUGUUUCUCUACGUCAAUGACACCGUGGGAAACGCAACCCUCAUAUAUGAUCUCAUACGACGCACCAUGGAAACCCCUAUAGACAGAAACAUCGGCGAAAGCAGUGAGACUUAUCAAAGCGGGGACUAUUUGACCAUAAUGAUAGCCUUUGUUACUGGAGCCUUUGUGGUGAUCGUUGUCAUUUUUGUGACCGUGCUCCUGCGCUGCCGCCACGCGUCCAGAUUCAAGGCUGCACAGAGAAAAAAGCAGGGAGCUGAGUGGAUGUCACCCAACACGGAGAACAAGCAGAACAAGAAGAAAAAGCGCAAGAAACGGAAGUCUCCCAAAAGUUCCCUCCUCAACUUUGUCACCAUUGAGGGUAACAAAGCGGACGAUCCUGCCCAUGAACCAAUCAAUGGAAGCAUCAGCUUACCAACCGAGAUGGAGGAGCAAGGGAUUGGACGCUUUGAUUGGAACGCAACGCCUACCACAACCUUCAAACCCAGCAGUCCUGACUUGGCCCGCCACUAUAAAUCAGCGUCACCACAAUCAGCCUUCCACGUCAAGGCUGAUACACCAGUUUCGGUUAAGAAGCAUCACGUGAUUCAAGAGCUGCCUUUGGAUAACACAUUUGUCGGGGGCUGUGACACCCUGUCCAAGAGGUCCUCCACCAGCUCCGACCACUUCAGUGCCUCAGAGUGCAGCUCCCAAGGAGGUUUCAAGACCAAGGGCCCCAUGCACACCAGACAGCAGGGAACUUUAACUCGUGCUCGAACUGAACUGAACCCCGAAUAUCUGGACCUUCGUCCACGAGCUGAGCUGAAUCCUGAAUACUGGACUCCUUGCACCCCUUUAUCGCAGCGGCGCGUCACGUUUCACCUGCCGGAUGGCUCUCAGGAGAGCUGCAGUGACAGUGGUCUAGGGGACCAUGAGCCUGCAGGCAGUGGCUCCCUGCUCACACAACCUCUCCCUCUGGUGCAGGCACAGGAUGACUUCUACGAGCAGGCCUCCCCUGAUAAGAGAACCGAAGCUGACGGCAACUCCGAUCCCAACUCCGAUGGUCCCCUGGGACCUCGGGGACUGGUAGAAGCUACAGAGAUGUGCACGCAGGAGUGUCUGGUCCUGGGACAUUCGGACAACUGCUGGAUGCCUCCAACGUUAGGAACAUACUCGCAACCCAAGACACACAUGUCCAGCUUUGAAUCCCAGAGGGAGUGGGGACCAAAGGAGAAACUUAUCAAUGGCCAUACUCUAACCAGAGGGUGGAAAAAAGAGGGUGGACGAUCUGAGAGUUACGGCGACAGGAAGCAGUUCGGGAGCGGAGAAGGACACUUCACCAACUCUGGAAUGGCCGACAUUCCCCUGGUUAGUCUAAAGUCCUGCCAGUCAGGCUCCUGCCCAGACAGCCCGAAAGAUCAGCAGAUAUAAGAUGGAGUUCGCGCCCGUGCUGCCAGACGUCCUUUCAUCUGGGCUCCUCAAAGAGACAAAAAGUUCUCACCUGAGCACCUCUUCUCUUUUCACACUUUUUUCUUACUGAAUCUUUUCCUCCCCCCUGAAGUUGUUGCUUCUGCAGUGCAAAGGCCACACACACGUGGGCCCCCAGACCACGGUGCUUCUGCUGCCUUCAACCGUACUACGGCUCUUUAACAAUCCACUCUUUUUGAACUAUCAUGAAUAUCCUUCAGCAGCAUUUCUGUUUUGUUUUUUUUUUUCCUUUCUUAAUUUUGUCCAAGAAAUGGGAGGGAAAACAAGUAAAAAUUGACAAAAAGAAGACAAAAUGCAAGAAAAAAAAAAGACUGUGGCUGACCAAUAUAUACAAAUAUGUGUGGUGUGGUUGUAAUUGAGUUGUUCCGAACUAUAUUAUUCAACACAAUCAAAGAAAAUAGAAUUGUUCUAAUGACACUGCUAGUAGACACUCGUUUAUUCCGUCAUCGUCUGUGUGUUUGUAAAUAAGAUGUAAUAAUCACUAUCAUGUAUCUGUAAUAACCACAGAGCAGAACAGUACUCGGCGUUGUUUUCCUGAUGACUACCAUUGGACAGUACUCAACAACAAAGACAACUAAACAAAUAUUUUUGCCAAAACCUCAGUUGAUUUCCCCAACUAAUUUUUUCCCAUUCUGUACUAUAAUGAGUGUGGGCCACAUUUCAUUUUUACUUUAACUUCAAGCACUGCAAAACCACAGAAUGAUCUCUUAAAAAAAAAAAGCAAAAAACAAAAAAAAAAAAAAAAAGCAUUUUGUAUCAAAGAUGUCAGUACUCGUUAUGUGCAUUAUAAAUAGGAAAAGCUCUGAAAGCUCUGCUCUGUACACUGGUUUUUUGAAAGUGUCCGGUACAAUUACAUAGCAAUAUAUUUGUAAAUGGCUAAAUGUUUUAUCUAAUGUUGAUCUUAUUAAUGUAUAGAUUUUAUUGGCGUUUCGAUUCCAGGUCCGCCAGCUCCGAUGGUUGACGUUUGUACAUAUUAUUUCCACAUAGAUUCUACUUCUCCAUCACACACUGGUUUAGGAAAGCGGUUCGUUCACGGUGCCUUCAUACGACUUCUUCAGAAACUGGAUCGUUCUAGUUCACCUGGAGACAACAGGUGGGAUUAAAAGGAUAUUCUGUCUGAUAAUUAAAUGCCUUAUAAAAACGUGCAAUCGCCUGAUUUGGAGUUGAAAUAAUCGAUUUGAAUUGAGGAAAAAAUAAAUAAAAAGGCAUGUGCAGACAGAUCAACCUUGAAAAACUCAUCUGUCAUUUCACUGCCUGAGUACAAAUGUUCUAUCUCACAGCAUGGAAGGCAAUUUUAGACAACGGAAAAGCAUGCCAGAAAAUAUAGCUUUGAAAUCUAACUUGGUCAUUUUUUGUGUCAUUUCUAUUUGUUGGAGUAAAAAAAGUUUAAUUUGUGCAUCACAGUAACGUUUUUAUUCUGUAAAACACUUUCUUCAUGUUUAUACCACAGUAUAAAAAAAAAUGUUAAGUGAGAUGGAGUGACUUUUUUCGCGGUACGUUUCCCAGUUGUGAGGGUGUUUAACAUCAAAGAUACUGGAACAGUUAACCCCUGUUAAUACUCUGCAGCUAUUCAGUGACUGCAAUAAAUGUUUUAAAAUCG